CGCCAUUUUAUUCAUGAAGACAUGCAUCAAGCACAAUGUGUCCAAACAUCUUCAACACAUUUGAGGGCGUUUGGCGAAUACUGAUCAGCAAAACACAACAUAUACUUUUUCAGUCAGUUUAGUUCAUCAUGGAUGGUGGAAUGAUGAUGAUGCGAAUGCCUGCCCCGGGGCCACCAAUGUUUCGGCCCCGGAACUUUGUCCCCAGGAUGAAUCAGCCCAACCCACAGAUGUCUCAGCCAGUGAAAUCCACCGACCAAAAGGGCCAGGCAUCGGGGGCUGAGCUUGCCUCAAAUCCGCCAACAAUUUUUAAAUCAGCAAAGUGCUAUGUUUGAUGGCAAACGAAUGAGAAAGGCUGUACAUAGGAAAACUGUGGAUUACAACACUUCUGUGAUAAAAUAUUUACAUAACCGAGUCUGGCAAAGGGAUCGUAGAGAUGCUGUAUCAAUUCAACCAGAUCCCCUCUAUCAAAUAGAUCUGGAACCCCCAAUGGCCACAAUGGAAAAUCCCAUUAACUCGGUGACAACUAAGUUUGUAAGGACGUCAACCAACAAGUUCCGCUGUCCCAUCUUCUGUGUGACUUGGACACCAGAAGGUCGGCGUUUGGUAACUGGAGCCUCCAGUGGAGAGUUUACACUGUGGAAUGGACUGGCAUUUAACUUCGAGACGAUCCUGCAGGCCCAUGACACUUCUGUACGAGCCAUGAGAUGGAGUCACAAUGACAUGUGGAUGGUGACCGCUGACCAUGCAGGCUUCAUCAAGUACUGGCAGUCCAACAUGAACAACGUGAAGAUGUACCAGGGUCACAAGGAGGCAGUUCGAGGGAUCAGUUUUUGCCCAAGCGACAAUAAAUUUACAACAUGUGCAGAUGAUGGAACUGUUCGUGUUUGGGACUUUAUGAGAGGUCAUGAAGAGAGAAUUCUACGAGGCCAUGGUGCAGAUGUGAAGUCGGUGGACUGGCAUCCACAGAAGGCACUUAUUGCCUCUGGCAGCAAGGACAACCAGCAACCCAUCAAACUCUGGGAUCCACGGUCGGGACAGAGUCUUGCUACCAUUCAUGCUCACAAGAACACUGUAAUGGAUCUGAAGUGGAACCGGAACGGCAACUGGCUGCUGUCAGCAUCCCGAGAUCAUCUGCUCAAACUUUUUGACAUUCGGAACAUGAAGGAAGAGAUCCACACGUUCAAGGGACACAAAAAGGAAGCCACUGCUAUUGACUGGCAUCCUAUCCAUGAAGGCCUGUUUGCCAGUGGAGGGUCAGAUGGUGCUCUCAUGUUCUGGAUGGUUGGAUGUGACAGGGAAGUAGGUAGUAUGGAGGAAGCUCAUGAAGGGAUGGUGUGGAGCUUGGCUUGGCAUCCACUCGGACACAUCCUGGCAUCAGGAUCUAAUGACCACAGCACGAAAUUCUGGACUCGAAAUCGUCCUGGUGACACGAUGAGAGACAAGUACAACCUGAACAACUUACCAAGUGGCACAGAGCAGGAGCUUCUUGAAUAUGAUCUGGAGCCCCAGUUGAUGCCCAGUUUGCCAGGAAUGGGUCUUGAGCAUGGUCUUCCACCACAUCUCAGACCAAAAGAAAAUGUGGAGGAGGAACUGCCGUCUAUACCUGGUCUGGACUGGUCAGCAGAUGAGCCUUUCCUGAGGCAGUAUGAACGUGACAGUGCGCCAAAGAAAAAAGUGCCAUAUGCCAGACCAAUUCCCAAGUCUUUUGAGAAUGCAUGGAAAGGCAAUAAACAGUCGGGGGUUCUAGUCCCUGAAGAGCAAGAGGGUCAACCUGAAAAGCCCAGUUCACGGAAUGACCCAAGGAGAAGGGACAGAAAAGAAAGGCAUGGUCGAAACAGGAGUCCGGAUCGUGGUUCAAAUAGGCAUGGGCGUGAUCAAGGUGGGAGGGAUCAUGAUCAAGGUCAAGAUCAAGGCCAGAGGUCUCACCAGUUUCAAGGUCAAAUGCAAAAAGGACCUCAAGGUCAAAUGUUGCAAGGUCAUCAUAACCAAAUGCAGCAGCAGAACGCCAUGGGACAACCUCAGAAUUAUCAAGGUGGCCCAAAUCAACAAAUGCAACCCAAUCAGUUUCAAGGUGCAUCUCAAGGUUUCGUGCAGAAUCAAAUGCAAGGUCAAGGUCAGUUUAGACAGGGACCAGGAUUCCAUCAAAUGCAAGGCAUGAUGGGAAUGCAAGGCCCUCCAGGCAUGAUGCAAGGUCAAGGAGGUCAGUUCAUGGGGCAACAACAGAUGGGAGGAAUGCAACAGCAGUUUGGAGGUCAAAAUAUGCAGCAGGGAAUUAGAAUGCCACAGCAACAGCAGCAGCAGCAGCAGCAACAACAGCAGCAGCAGCAGCAGCGGCAACGGCCUGACUCGCAGCAACAGAGAGGUGGUCCAGGACAACAGUAUGGGAGCCAGCAAAACAACGGGAAUGGAGACAUGGAUUUGAGAGGUCAAUGGUCAGGUGGGCGUGGCCAAGGACAGAGGGGCGGGGCUGAUGAAGACUUUCGUCAGCGAAGCAACCAGCAGCAGCAGUUCGGCCAGGACAGGAGAGAAGGAUUUGGUGGUGAUCAGCGUCGGUUUGCUAGUGGUGGGGGUGGAAGUGGUGCUGGUGCUGGGGGUGGUGGUGGUGGUGGUGGUGGAAGUUGGGAGGGAGAUAUGGACUUGCGGCAGCAGAGGUCGGAAGAGGGAAGGGGACAGUUUCAAGGGAGGCAGCAGAACGUGGAUGUUGAUGAUAGGUAUGGACGAAGGGGUGGAGGUGAUGUAGAUGAGAGGCACCAAGGAGGGAGGCAGGGUGGAAGGGGAGGGGGGCGUAUGGGUGGAGGCAUGUAUGACAAUCAACAAGGAGGGAGAGGGGGUGGGGGUGGGGACAGAAGUGGACAAGAUAGGGGAAUGCAGGAUAGGGGAGGGCAAGGGUUUUAUGACAGACAGGAUCAGGAUAGUCCGAUGUCCCAAGGGAGGAAGAGGGGCUAUGAUGAGGGUCCUGGGGGUAUGUCUGGUCGGGGUGGGGGACAGGGAAUGGGACAGGGGGGGUAUGGUGGGAACCAAGGUGACAGGGCAUCAAAGUUUGGCCGGACAGGAAAUGAAUCAAAUUGGCAGGAUCAGGGAAUGCAAGGUGGAGGUGGAGGAGGAGGGAGUGGUGGGAUGUACAACCGCGGGAUGGACCAACAAAGAGGCGGGUUCAGGGGGAGUCCACAAGGUAGAGGUGGGGGAGGGGGUUUCAGGGGAAGGGACGGAGGGUUCAGGGGAGGCAGAGGUAGAUAACCUACCAUGGAACGAAUUACAUUUUUUUCAAGAAUGUUCAUCUGGAUGUGUGUUUCCCCAAAAAGAAAUUAAAGUCACAAGCUUUGUGAUACUGUGCUGAACCAGAUCAGUGCAUGGUAAUUCAUUCAUUGAGUAACUGAUGCCAGACUGUAUCUGAAUGCAAUUGCAGUUACUGGAGUGUUGGUAUGGGUGCUCUCAGCACCAUCAUUGUGAUCUCACGCCAUGGACAUACGACAUGGUCUGCACCUCACAGUAUUGUACAGUUGGAUGUGCCAUGCUGACUGCUGUUCAGAUUCCUCACUUGGCUGUGCAACACUGUAUGUAUGGAUGUACCCGCCUUCUCCUUCACUGGAAAGGAGUGAUGUUUUCCUGCCGGAAAGGACAGUUUGCUAAAGGCAGCCUUGAUAUGUUUUCAUUUGUCAUUCUCACAGAGGUCAUGUAAAAACACAUUUUCAUUGUACAUUUUAUCAAAUAAGUAAUCAUAUUUGUCAUUUAAAAAAAUGCGUAAAAUUUUCAUGCUUAAAGAUCACUUUUCAUGAAUAUGUAUAUUUUGUCAUUCUGAAUGAUAAUAGCAUGAAUAAAACUUACUUUGCAAAGUA